AUGGUUUUCGAGGUGUACGGACUUACCUUUGCAGGUAAACCCCUGUUUUCGAGUCGAAAGGAUUCGGAAGUUUCACUAGCAUUUUAUGGAACUAUAUCCGCAGUGGCCUCCAAAGUCGCCAGUUUGCUCUCAGACUACGCCGAGCAGGACUGUCUGAGAUACAUAACAGUCGGUUCACUACAAUUUACCUACUUGGAGCGAGGACCGUUGUGCUAUUUCGCAAUAUCCGAUAAUGGCUACUCGCCUCUGAUGGUGUACAAGAUUCUGUGCGUGAUACACCUACAGGUGGUUUCCAUAUUAACCAGAGGUGUGGAACGGAUUUUAAUAAAGAGGCCCUCGUACGACGUGCAAAACCUCUUGGGAGGCACCCAGAGCAUUAUAGACAAGUUAAUGGACAACAUGAGCGGCUGCUUGGGGCUGAUAGACGAUUACGCCUACGAGGCUCUGCCGCUCUCUCAAACCACUCGCACACUGCUCACUUCAUACUUCACUAAAUUCAGAACCGACAACAUACUGUAUGAGCUAUUUAGAAGACUUGGACUCCAAUAUGCUUACCAUCAUUCAACGACCAGUAAGUUAAAUUGGCUAUUUAUCUUCAAAAAUGCAUAUGCAUUUAUGGCGUUCACCUACGGGUACAUAAAUUACGUUUCUCCCGAAAUAGGAAUUGUGUGUAUAUCCAGUUCCGGUGACCAGGAGCAGUUUUAUAACAUUUCUGGCCACAUUGAAGAGUCGAAGAGGAUGAUGGUUGAGUCGAAGUGUUUGGACGACUUACGUUCGUCUCUCCUGGCCACUCCCCUGGAGUUCCCGUCGGGAGGGGUACCUUCCUGUGAAAUUUUACACCUGAUGUUUUACGAUCGCAAUCUUGGACAGUUCUUCUCGUCCGCCUUCAAGAGCUCAACCUGCGGCAACUUGAACAGGAACAUCCUGUCCUCCUAUCGCUCUGCAGUCGAAUUUUUACACAACUCCGGCUACAGGAGAUCCGCCUUGUUUUCUUUCGAGUACUUGAACGUGUAUGUUGAGUACAAUAAUGACUAUAACAUAUACCUGGCCACUGCCCCUUGGACUGAUAUCACCACGGAUUUAAUCAAUAAGAUAUACUCGUAUGUUACUAGGCAUUAUAACUUCCUCUUCAUUACUAAAAUCCCUUCAAUUGCCAAAAGAAAAUAA